CACUAAAACAACAAGCUUAAAUUUCACGAUUGGAAGGAUUGAGGGGUUUCCUGUUCCGAUUUUGGGGGACGGCACAGGUCACACCCAAUGCUGUGUGCCUGUGUCAUUCGAAGCCCGAGAGGAGACACGCGCGACAAAAUGCAGACGGCAUUUUCAAACCCCACCCCUGAUAGAGUAUCUCUCUGGUUUUGAGUUCAUUCAUACACUACCCGAGCACCACCUCCCCCCAGGGAUGAUGUGGACGGGAGAUGUUUUUCAUUUUGCUCUCUCCUUCUACCCACACACUCGUUCGAUCAUGACACCACACCGUAUGAUUUGGUGACCAUCUCACGCGCGCAACUUGACAACACAACGCCCUGGCCGGCGACAACAUAAGGCUAUCUUAUUAUUCACUUAAUUACUCACACACAAUAUGGACGCCCCAGAAGCAGUCGGGCCACCGGUCAAGUCCCUCUCUCACAUCUUCCGCCGGAACCAACUCAGAAUUCAAUCCCCCGGCCCUUGGAGUCCGAGGAAAUGGCCGCCAAAGAGCCCCUUGGGGAUGUACGAGUUCUCAACGACAUCAGCGAGAAACAAAGAGGAAGGCAUCAGCGAAUUCACCACCAAAGGAGGGAGAGACAAGGACAACAACGCCGGACCAACAAUAUGGGGCUUUCGUCGACCAACCUUCUUCCUGAGUGUAGCACUAGCGGUGGUGAUUCUCAUCGCCAUAAUCGUCGGCGGAGUAGCAGGGACAACAGCAGUGGCCAACGCACGGAGUGAAUCUUCCCUCUGUCCCCUCCCCACAACAGUAACCAUCACCUCUCCUCCCUCCCCAACCCAAACCACCGGCCCCGAAGCCAUCACCGUCCCCCGCCUCGGCCUUCUGGAUUUCGACUGCGGCCGCAUAGCCCUCUCUCGGCAGAUCAUCACCCUGGGCACAAACAGCUGGUCGUUCGACGUGAACUGCAUGAUGGACUUCAAGGGAGUAGGCGUGGAUUUGACAGGGAUGACAAGCUACACCUUUGAAGACUGCAUAAAGGCUUGCGCGAUCUACAAUAACAUAGCACGGAACAACACGUGUGUUGGGGUGGGGUUUAGUGCAAACCUGACGACGAUAUUACCCAAGGUGGGAGGAAAUUGCUGGUUGAAGGGGUAUUUACCGGAGAUGAGCCCCGAGAUGAACUUGGGGGCUGUGGCGGUGGUGGUUAGUGGGCCUAAGUUUAUGGUUGAGGGGUGAUGGGGAGGAUAGUAACUUGAACGGGGAGAAUGGGCAGAGGGAAAGCAUGCAAAACUUGCAAUUUGGCGAGAUGUAUGUCGAUCGUGAACAACGACGAUGACGGCGAAGAGAGGUAAUACCCAGUGCGGUGUGGUCGCAGGUUGAACCCAGGCGUUUUUUUUUCUUGUACGUAAGUGGUUGGACAGGUAAUGAAUGAUAUGUAUUUAAUCACAUUUCUCUCUCUUGUAAUGAUGAUGAUGAUGGUGAUGAUGAUG